CCCGGGGCCGGGGCUGGGCUGGCUGGCUGCGCAGGUGGCUCUGCCCGGGAAGGGGAGGAGGCUGGCGGCGCUCCCAGCCCGCCGGCAUCCCUCCCCGCCGGCAGCGAUGCUCAGUCCCGGCUCAGCCUGGCAGCGGCGCGGGCAGGGAGGGCACACCAGCCGGCCGAGGGAGGGCAUGGACGGGACGAACGGCACGGAGCCGUGGCAGCGCAGCCUGCAGGCGGUGCUGAGCGCCCUGAACCAGACCCUGCACGGGGCCAGGUCCUGCCCCGGGCAGCCCCCGGUGACAGGGGACACGCGUCGCAACGCCAACGCCUACAUGUACAUCCUGUUCGUCAUGACGCUCUUCGCCGCCACCGUGGGCAGCCUCAUCCUGGGCUACACCCGCUCCCGCAGGGUGGACAAGCGCAGCGACCCCUACCACGUCUACAUCAAGAACAGGGUCUCCAUGAUCUGA